UCGCUCUGGAUAAGAGCGUCAGCCAAAUGCCAUAAAUGUAAAUAUUAUUAUUAUUUGGUAUUGAUACUACACAAAUCAAAAUUCCUGCUUUGUGACGACCCUAUUUUGGGGAUACAAGAUUUUGUUAUGACAGUAGUGACUGGGAGAAUAUCACAGAUAUCAAUAUUUUUUAAUAUCGCUCAGCACUAGGCAGAACUGUGGCUGGUUAAAGUGUUGGAAGAGAAUGACCUGAGGAGCCAGGAGGUGUUUUUUAAGUGAUACAGUGAUGAACACUUCUCCAGCCAUGGCACCACUGUCUCCAGUCAUUUUUUCACCCUGCUCUCCAUCCCGGACCCCCCAUCGACCCCCCAGCCCUGCCUUAAUGACCUCGCCCAAACUCUGGCAGAAAGCUUCCAUAUCCCGCCUGGCUGAAGAGUUUUUCUGGAUUGGUGGAAUCAUCGUUGCAACGCCGAAAUGGAGAAUCGGUCAAUUUGUGGAGCGGUGUAUGUGCACCAUGCAGACUGGCACUCAGAUGAUUAAAUUAAGAGGGAAGUCAAAGACUCUGGUGCGAUUUUUCUAUCUGGACGAGCACCGGUCCUGCAUCCGAUGGAGACCAUCCAGGAAGCAUGACAAAGCCAAAAUCUCCAUAGAUUCCAUCCAUGAGGUAUGUGAGGGAAAGAAAACUGAGAUGUUUCAGCACUUCCACAGCAGUAAAUUCGAUUCAAACUGCUGCUUCAGCAUUUAUCAUGGAAACCAUGUGGAGUCCCUGGACCUGGUGACCACAAACGGGGAGGAGGCCAGGACUUGGAUUACUGGCCUUAAGUACCUCAUGGCCGGCAUCAGCGAUGAGGACUGUCUGGCACGGAGACAGCGAACCAGAGAUCAAUGGUUGAGACAGACAUUCUCAGAAGCAGAUAAAAAUGGAGAUGGAAACCUGAGUAUUGGAGAAGUUCUACAGCUCCUUCAUAAACUCAAUGUAAAUCUACCCAGGCAGAAAGUCAGAGAAAUGUUUGAGGAGGCUGACACAGAUGAUAAUCAAGGGUGUUUAGCAUUUGAGGAGUUUUGCAACUUCUAUAAGAUGAUCUCAACCCGGCUGGACCUUUACUUAAUAAUGCUGACCUACAGCCACCGUAAGGAGCACAUGGACAUAACUGACCUGAUACGCUUCCUGGAGAGUGAGCAGAAGAUGGUGAAUGUGUCUCGAGAAUACUGCCAGAUGAUUGUAAACCAGUUUGAGCCAUGUCCAGAAAACCGAGCACAGCUGGUCCUGGGAAUUGAUGGUUUCACCAACUUCAUGCGGAGUCCACCAGGGGACAUUUUCAACCCGGAGCAUUACCAGGUGAAUCAGGACAUGACCCAGCCACUCACAAACUACUUCAUUGCCUCCUCACACAACACCUACCUGACCGGAGACCAGCUGUUGUCCCAGUCUCGUGUCGACAUGUAUGCCUAUGUCCUGCAGGCCGGCUGUCGCUGUGUUGAAGUGGACUGCUGGGACGGUCCUGAUGGAGAGCCGAUCGUUCAUCAUGGCUACACUCUUACCUCAAAAAUCCUCUUCAGAGAUGUCGUUGAGACCAUCAACAAAUAUGCUUUUGCCAAAAGCCAAUACCCUGUAAUCAUCUCCAUAGAGAAUCACUGCUCAGUGCCUCAACAAAAGAAAAUGGCUCAGUAUCUCACUGAGGUGCUGCAGGACAAGCUGGAUUUGUCCAGUGUUAACAUUAAUGAAUCCCGCCGGCUUCCCUCACCUGAGGUCCUCAAAGGGAAAAUUCUCGUCAAGGGUAAGAAGCUGCCAGCUAAUAUAGAUGCAGAUGCUGAAGAGGGGGAUGUGUCUGAUGAAGACAGUGGAGAAGAUGAAGAGGAGGAGGAGGAGGAGGAAGAGACAAAUGAAGAGAACAGGGCUGAUGGAGCUGAGGCAGGUGAAGAAACGAAGAAACGCUCAAGGAGGUUUAUGGGCAGCUUCAGACGAAAGAAGAAAAAAAGGGUGAAAUCCAAAAAGCGGCCUGUUCUGAGUGACUCAGACACGGAUCAGGAAGUCCCCAGCUCUAAUCCCAACAAAGUUAUCAACUACGGGAAACGGAGGAAAACAAUGAGGCUGUCUCGCGCCCUCUCUGACCUGGUAAAAUAUACCAAAUCAGUACGGGUCCAUGAUAUUGAAACUCAGGCAUAUAUGUCCAGCUGGCAGGUGUCUUCACUGAAUGAAAGCAUCACCAACCAGAUCCUGCAGUUUAAACCAGCUCAGUUAGUGCGAUUCAACCAGCGGCAACUUCUUCGUGUUUAUCCUUCCAACUACCGCGUAGACUCAAGCAAUUUCAACCCCCAGCCAUUCUGGAAUGCAGGAUGUCAUUUGGUCGCACUGAAUUACCAAACAGAAGGCCGAAUGCUGCAACUGAACAGAGCCAAAUUUGCUGCCAAUGGAAACUGUGGAUAUGUACUGAAGCCUAAAUGCAUGUGGAAAGGUGCCUUUAACCCUAUGCUGACUGACCCAUUACCAGGACACAGAAAAACACAGUUAGUAUUGAAAAUAAUUAGUGGCCAGCAGCUACCUAAGCCAAAAGACUCCAUGUUAGGGGACAGAGGAGAGGUACGUUGAUAAUAAUUGAAGCAAAUGAUUUUUAGGGACUUUAAAAUACCUACUGACAUAUUUUUCCCUGCAGAUUAUAGACCCCUUUGUUGAAGUGGAGAUUAUUGGUCUUCCUGUUGAUUGCAAUAAGGAGCAGACGAGGGUAGUGGAUGA